AAAAAGAGACAAGCUUUUCCUGAGGAGUGCCUUGAGGUCUCAGGAGGGGAGGCACAGCACAGCUGCGGGGGCCCAGAUCGGCCUGGGGCUCCUUCAACCACGGGAGAAUGGUUGGAGCUCAGGGCUCCAGCCAUGGGAGGUGGGGGGGGUGCCUUGGGCAGCAGGGGUUGGGCUGAGGGGCUAGCCUCCCCACCCAUCGCUCAUGUUGGGAACCAUUAGAAAAGGGAUAGUUAACAAGAGAGAAAAUAACAUUUUGCCUCUAAUCCAUGUUGUCACUGUACUGGACAGAUGCAGCUGCCUGGAUCCCCAAGGGAAAUUGGAGGCUUUUCAUCUGCAUCUUCCUCAUAACAUCAAUGAAGGUGGCACUGACAGAGUCUCUGGCUGCACUCUGGUUCUGACAGCAUCAUCGUUACCACUUGGUCGCCCUCGAGGUAGCCAUGUGACUAAUCAGAACCAUAGGAACAACGAUGACAAACCCAGAUUCUAAGGAAUAGAGCUUGCAGCAAGGAUGGCGCUGCAGUCCAGUUGGGCAGCAUCAUCACACAUCCCCUAUACUGUCUGUUGCCUGUGCAACCUCUCCGAUGACACCUUGUCAUUUAGGGUGAAGACCUCUGGUGUCAGCAACUCCCCUUCUAGCAGGAAUUGGGCUGCAGACUGACAGAACAGAACCAGAGGAGAACCAGUCAGCUAUUAACCCAGGGACAGAGGAGCUUCUAGCCUUUUGUUUGCUGACAAGUGACCGAAUGAAGGGUGAACCUAUGAAAUCAUCACUGAAAGAAUAUCAGAGGGGAAAGAAUGGGUUGCUAUGUGUGUGUACAGGAACGAAAGAUCAAUACUCCUUGGACCUGCCCAGUACAUUAUGUCAGCUGUUAAUGACACCAAAUUCAGCUUUGCAGUGUUCCUUCUCACCGGGAUACCUGGGCAGGAACACGUCCAUCUCUGGAUCUCUGUCCCCUUCUGCUUAAUGUUUGUCAUUUCAAUAGUAGGAAAUUCAGUCAUUCUGUUCAUUAUAAAAACAGAUCCAAGCCUCCAUGAGCCCAUGUACAUUUUCCUUUCCAUGUUGGCUGUUACAGACCUUGGCUUAUCGAUAGCCACCAUACCGACAAUAUUAGGCAUAUUCUUGUUUAACUCUAGGGAAAUCAGCCUCGAUGCCUGUUUUGCCCAGCUCUUCUUCAUUCACUUUCUUCAAUGCACUGAAUCCUCUGUGCUCUUGUUGAUGGCCUUUGACCGCUUCAUCGCAAUUUGUGACCCGCUGAGAUAUGCUUCCAUAUUAACUCCACCGAGAAUAGCCAAGAUGGGAUUUGUGUGUGUGCUAAGAGGGGUGGCUGUAGUAGUCCCACUCCCCUUUCUCCUGAAACGGUUCCGAUACUGUCGAGCCAAUGUCCUCUCCCAUUCCUACUGCCUGCACCAGGAUGUCAUGAAGAUGGCUUGUUCAGAUAUCACAGUCAACAGCAUCUAUCGCUUGUUUGUUAAAGUUUUAACGAUGGGAUUGGACUCACUGCUCAUCUUCCUCUCUUAUGUAAUGAUUCUUAAAACAGUGCUGAGCAUCGCGUCCCACACAGAGUGUCUCAGGGCCCUGAACACCUGCGUCUCCCACCUCUGUGCUGUCGUUGUCUUCUACACACCAGAUAUUAGCUUGUCUGUGUUACACAGAUUCGGGAAGGGCUCUUCUCCCUUGACUCAAAUUCUCCUGGGCUACAUCACACUGCUGGUCCCACCCCUGAUGAACCCAAUAGUUUACAGCGUGAAAAGCAAACACCUUCGUGCGAAGAUAAUCAGGGCAUUCUUCAUGUGA